AUGACAGCCACCAUGGGCUCGGACAAUUAUGAAAACCAAAUAUACAACCUUAAAAUAAAAUGUGGACCUAAAUACCCAGAAGCACCCACCUUUGUAAGACUUGUAACAAAAAUUAAUAUGAAUGGAGCUAAUAGUUCUAAUGGAGUGGUGGACCCAAGAGCCGUUGCAGUGCUAGCAAAAUGGCAGAAUUCGUAUAGCAUCAAAGCUGUCCUGCAAGAGCUUCAGCGCCUAAUGAUGUCUAAAGAAAAUAUGAAACUCCCUCAGCCACCUGAAGGACAGUGUUACAGCAAUUAA